GACGUUUGCGGCAAAGGUCAGCCUGAGCCGUCGGCUACAGCGCGAGGCGAUUCACCGGUAGUCCCGUCUUUUCCAGAUCAAGUUUGUGACACUUUCCGGAUGCUUCUCCCAAGAUGACACUGCUGGAACUCAGGUGAAAAGGACGUUGUAAUCCUGAACUCUUUUCAAGAUGAACGGCUCCAAUCCUCCGUCCCUGCAGCUCGUGAACAAUGCAACAAGCAGCCCCAGCAACGUGGAAUCCUGUCCGAUCGAACCUCAACACCUCUCCAUCACUGUGUUCCUCUGCUUUGUCUUCCUGGGUGGCUUUCUACUCAAUGGCUUUAGCCUGUGGGUCUUCUGCUGCCGCAUUUCCAAGUGGAGCUCUGGCAACAUAUUGCAGUUUCACCUAGCCAUGAGUGAUGCCAUUAUUGCCCCAGCUGCGCCUUUGAUUGGGGUCUACUUUGCCAUGGGCCAGUGGACAUUGGGUCCCUUUCUCUGCCAGCUGAAGAUUGCCUUGAUUACAAUCCACUUUUAUGGCAGCAUUUUGUUCCUCAUGCUCAUUAGCAUCCAUCGCUAUGUGGCUGUGGUACAUUACAAGAAGUCCACGCCCAUGCAACAGACGAAAUUUGUUCAUAAGCUUUGCGGCGGAGUUUGGCUUCUGUUGCUGACAAGUGGGUCAGCUACCUUCGUCCUCUUCCACGACAGUCAAGUGGGCAACCACACCUUGUGUCUUAGCGUUCACCAAAGUGAAUACAUAACAACCUACUUCACAAUUAACUUUUUCCUGGUUGCACUUGGGUUCCUUGUACCUUUCUUAGUGUUAGUGGUAUGCUACACCAGCUUGGUCAAUUCUGUUUCUCGCAUUAAAACUAACACCGCCAAAGGCCAAGCCAUGAAGUCCAAGUCAUGCAAGAUGGUGGCAAUGUGUUUGGUAAUAUUUGCAGUCUGCUUCAUGCCACUCAGUGUGGUUCGGUCUGUGUGCCUUGUGGUCAAAAUGUUUUUCCCCAGUUAUUGCACAGUUCUUUUGCAUUUAGAGACCGCAUACUAUGUCUCCUGGAUCCUUGCAGGAGCAAAUUGCUGCCUGGAUCCUCUACUUUACUGCUUUGGAUCAAAGAAUUUCAACAAGACUAUGCGAAGAUCCCUUAAAAUUAUUCCCAAAAAAGAUGUCUCCAAUGAACAAGGGCAAGACAGUCAGGACUUGACAAGGGUUACCCAUUCAACCGCCUCAGUUUGAAAUAGCAAAAGUUUGAGCCUCCAGAUCCUUAUUUUGAAUUGUUCAAACGUGUUCAAAACCUGUACUACCUAUACAUAUAGAGGAUUGUGUCAAUGCACGUAAUGUACAAACGCUUGAAAAACUAGACAACCACAAUGUGCUCUUAUAAUGCAUGUUUUGUUUUCUGUUCUGCAAAUGAUGUGCAGAUGAUGUGCCUCUUUUCCUGUUAUAUAAAACAUCUUCUUGUUUAGCAGAUUGAUUUUGUGUUUGCCCUACUUCCUACAUACACCCCUUUGUGACGAAGGUAAUGUUUUUACACACAGCUACUAGCUGCAGUAUAUUGCCCCCUAUUAUGUCACAUGGUAGUAUUUCUGUCAAGUACUUAAAGAUUUUAGGGUCAGUAGUAUUCUGAAAUGCUCAGGGGUUUUAGAGUCAAUA